CACCAUUAAGAAAGCAACACAACACUAUCAUCACACCUCCUUCAUCACACUGCAACCAGACAACACAAACACACCAUCACCAACCCUCUCUCAAAUCCUUCUUCCCAUCCCUUCCCAUCCACACAACACCAUGUUCCUCACCAUUACACCACUUUCAUCACACUACAACCACACAAAACACAACACAAAGUCACAAACACACCACCACCACACCACCAACCUUAUCUCAAGCCCUUCCUGCCCUCCCCUCCCAAGUAGCGAGACUCACGGGUGCCUUCUCUCGUCCCCAGGUGCGGCGGGUCAGAGCCAGGCGUUCCGCGAGAGGCCGGACAGCGUGCAGGUGCGGGCCGGCAGCGACGUGUUCCUGCGCUGCGCCGUGGACCACCAGCAGGGCAAGGCGCAAUGGACCAAGGACGGCUUUGCUUUGGGUUUUGAGCGAAACGUGCCCGGCUACCCACGCUACCAAUACUCAGGAGAGGCGGCGCUGGGGGAGCAUCAUCUCAUCAUCAAGGGCAUAACGCUGGAGGACGACGGCGAGUACCAGUGCCAAGUCGGCCCCACCGCCAACGCCCUCCCCAUCUGGGCCGCCGCCAACGUCACCGUGAUGGUGCCGCCCGGGAGCAUACGAGUGGCCGGGCGGCGUGAGGGCGAGAUGGUGGUGGUGGCGGAGGGGGAAGACGUGCAGCUCGAGUGUGUGGUGGGCGACGCACGACCCGAGCCUUCCCUUGCCUGGUACCGCGACGGCCUGCGAGUAGACGAGAGUGAGUACACUUUGCAAACAGACGUGCGGAGGCCUUCCACACGUCGGCGGCUGGUCAGCGUGACGAGCAGACUGACGGUGAGGGCGACGCGAGAGGAUGACGGGACGCAAUACACGUGCCGCGCCUCCCACCCCGCCCUACAGCACCCCGCCCUGCCCCUCGCCGCCUCCCUCACCCUCUCCGUCCUGCACCCCCCGGACCCUCCUUCCAUCACCGGCUACAGAACGGGCGAGGUGCUGCGGGCGGGGGAGCGGCGCACCCUGACCUGCCGCGUGGUGGGGGGUAACCCGGGGCCCUGGGUCACGUGGUACUGGCACCAGGUAUUACCCAACAACACGCUACGCACGCAAGCCCGGAAGAGCGUGCACCUCAACGACAAGACGAGCGGUGACCUCAGGAGCCGCGGGGUUAGCGUAACGCAACAGGUGACGGCUUCGCGGACGGAUGACGGGGCGGUGUACGAGUGCCGCGUUACCAGCGAUCAACUCAGCCGCCCGCUCUCCGCUAACGUCACCCUUACUGUUCACUGUGAGUACACUGGCCUGGUCCACCCCACAGACAGGCCAGCGCAGGUCAGAGUGAGCAGCCCGACAGUGGUGACAGCAGGACAGCGGUUCACACUCACCUGCAUCACCUCGGCCGCCAACCCCCCCGCCAACCUCACCUGGAUUCUUGAUGGUGAGCAGGUGAACACGACGAAGAAUAUUGUGACGCGGGACGACGGGGGCGGCUGGGUCACGUCCUCGGAGCUGAGCAGCGAGGCGGGGCGGGCCAGCGGCGUGAGGAUGGUGCGGGCGCGGUGCGAGGCCCAACACCUGGAGGCCACGGACGUCAUCACCCACACGAGAAACAUCACCGUUAUGCGUCCCCCGGGGCAGCCAGUGGUGGAGCUGAAGGCCCAGAGGCAGGUGGUGGCCGGGAGCCUCGUGGAGUUCACCUGUAUCACCAAGGGAGGUCACCCGCCGCCGAAGGUCAGACUGUACAAGAACGACAAGGAGCUCCUGGGGCAAACGGCGGUACGAAGCGGCGUGACAGCGGUGACGGCCACGAUGACGGCGGCGGCGGAGGACAACGGCGCCAGACUCAAGUGCGAUGCUUCCAACGCCGCCCUGCCCGACCCCCUCACCGCCGUCACCACCCUCAACAUGCUCUUCCCUGCGUGGGAGGUGCGCGGCUGGGCCAACCCUCGCAGCGUGGAGGUGGGGAAAGUGAUCACCUUGACCUGCGAGUCCUCCUCUAGUAUCCCUGCCUCCACCAUCACCUGGCCCUCAGACGCCAACGCCAUCGCCGAGCCCUCUUCAAGAAAGUCUCCGGGAAGUUUCGGCGGCCAGAUCACCAGGUCUGAGAUGCGUGUCCGUGUUACCGCCGAGGACCAGGGCCGCGUCGUCACCUGCGAGGCUGACAACGGCCUGGGCGUCACUGUGGCCACCAACAUCACUCUGGACGUGCUGCAUGCUCCGGUGUGGGUGCAGGCGCCGAAGGGAACAGUGGACGCCGUGGAAGGGGACAACCGCACCAUCAUCGCCAAGGCCCAAGCCAACCCCGGCCCUGUGAGGUACAGAUGGUGGCGCGGAAGGGAAGAGGACAAGGAGGAGGUCGGGACAGGCUCGGCAGGAGGAACAGUGGGUAAGGAAGCAGCGUCAGGUGGCGGCGGGUCGGGGGCGCUACACAUGGGUCCCCUCCACCGCCGCCACUCCAACAACUACACCGUCACCGCCAGCAGUCCCCGCGGAGCCGUGUCUUCCCGCUUUUACCUCAACGUGCAGUACGGACCAGAGAACGUCGAGACAGAGCGAAGAGUCAACGUGGCCAGGAACGGCUCGGCCACUGUCACCUGCUCCGCCCAUGGGAACCCGACCCCCAACAUCACCUGGACCAGAGAGGACAGCAACGUGACGCGCGGGGUGCUGGCGGCGGGCGUGGGGAAGGCGCACCUGGUCGUCAAGCUCGCCUCACCUGCCGACACGGGCGUCUACCUCUGCCGCGCCUUCAGCCGUGUUGCCGAGGCCGCCCCCAUGUCCUCGACGGUGGUGGUGGAACAGGCCCCGUGGUGGACCAACACGCGCCCCGGGGAGGUGGUGGGCAGCUCGUGGGCGCCGCUAGGGGGAAGUGGGGUGCUGGAGUGCCACAUGAAAGCCCACCCACCGCCCACCUUCCACUGGGCCACGCGAGACGGGAGAACCAUCACGGCCAGCAGGAAGUUCUCAUUUCAGGGGUCGACGCUGGUGGACGGCGUGGUGGAGUGGGCGUCACGGCUGGAGGUGCGUGACGUGACCCCCGAGGACUAUACGACCUACACCUGCACCGCCACAAACGCCCUGGGCAAGCACACCGCCACCGUCUCCCUCACGCCCCCCGUCCCUCCCGCCACCCCGAGACGCCUGGCUGUGGCCAACGUGAGCACAAGUGAGGUGAUACUGGUGUGGCGAUCAGACGCUAGCCGCAGCACCCCGACCGGCUACCUGUUGACCGUGUGGCGGGGCGACGAGGAGGCCGUGCAGGUUAUGAACGUGACUGGCAGCGAUAGGACGAGCCUGGUAGUGAGGGACCUCUCGCCCGGCACUCUCUACUCCUUCACCGUGCAGGCUUACAACCCUCAAGGCGUGUCGCGGCCCUCAGCGCCUCCCCUCACCGCCACUACUCUGGGGGUAGCAGAGAGCGCCAGCAGUAGCAGCAGCAGUAGUAGCAGCAGCAGUGAGGGCGGGGGCGGGGCGGGGUCCAGAGUGCCUCGCCUCAUCCUGCUCAUUAUGACGCUGGCGGGCACGGCGCUACUGGCCCUCAACAUCGCCAUCAUCGCCUGCUUCGUGAGGCGGCGCGCAGCCCACAACAACCGCGGAGUGUCGGCGUCUUCGAGCAAAACCACGACGCUGGAGGUGUUUUCGCCGGCCACCACUCCGGGCACGGCGCAGGGAGACGAGCUCCCCAUCACCUCCACCAAGGGACUCACCGCCAUCACCAGAGGGUGCGUGGAGGGCCAGGCGGGGAUGGGCGAGACGGAGCAAACAAGCCUCUUCCACGGCAGCGACCCCGGCGGACCAAUUGCCCCAGCAGCGGACCAGAGCCUCGUCGGGGGCGUCUCCAGGAGCGCCUACAGGAACGGGAACAGGAGUCACCAGAAUGGGGGCCUGUACCUGCAGAAGUACCGCGAGGACACCGCCUACUACUACUCCCCGCUGCCGCAGAACCACAACAGCCUGCCCGCCGAGGAGGGCGUGAUGGCGCGCCCCGGGAAUCCUCCUGACGUGUGCCCAAUGACCUCAGACGCUCGUGGCACUCUCACGCGUCGCUCCCAGCGCUCCCACCCCGACGGCCAGGCUCAGCGGCCGCAGCAACCAACGCCAGACCAGCAGCAACAGCAGCAACAUCAUCAGCAGGCACCAGGAAUGUUCCCUUUGGAGCCCCUGUCAGCCCCCACCGGAGGCUACUUCCACGCCGUCACGGACAACCCGCGGCGACACUCUGUGGACGAGAAGCGGCGGCCCGGCCCCCAGGGCGGCCACCCGCACCACCACCACCACCACCCCGAGCAGCAGCUGGCACAGAUGGCCCAGAGCCGCGCCUCCCCGAGGACGGUGGAGGGCCAUGAGGCCAGCCGCCGCCACCACCACCUCCAUAACCUGGACCAGUUCAACGCCUACAGUCAGAACCACCGCGAGUUUACUGCAGCCAGCACAGGCGGGGCGGGGAGCUACGCCACCCUGGGCCCCCGCCGCCAGCAGCAGCAGCAGGCGAUGACGCAGUUCUCAACGCUGCAGCGGCCACACUCCAAGGCCUCGGCGGGACAACACGACGCCCACAGGGACCGCCAUCACCACCACCACCACCACCACCCGCGGGCUGCGGAGGGCGCCGACGCAGCAGGAGCUGCUCAGGACGACAGUGGGUCAUCAGGUUACGGAGGCAGCCCGCGGCAGGAGGUGGGCGUCCCACCCACAGCGGGGGGUGGCGGGGCAGGUCAGGCCGCACCCCCACCCGCCGAGGCAGCCCCCGCCGCCGCCUCCACCUCGACGCUCAGCAGAACUCGGUCUUCCACUGACCACUCCAAGAAGGGCAAGGGCGACGUGUCCGAGGCGAGGGACGGUGUCGGGCAGGGCGCCGGCAAGUGAACGUCACGUCAGACCCGCGGCUCGCCGGCUAGGAGGCUACAAGUCGCGAGGACGGGCUGAGGAUCGCCACGCCCAACACACUCAAACCCACACGGACCCCCGGCCACCACCCUCCAACUCGUCCUGCAACUACUACUGCUACUACUGCUGCUGCUACUCCUGCUACUAACGCUGCUGAUGCCCUUCCGCCACGACCCAGCCCAGGGCGUCCGUCAUCUAUCAGUGUUACGUGUGCGUCCCCGAAGUGCGACUCUGACGACGAACAGGAAGGAUGUGACUUGAAUGCUGGCGUUCCGCACGGCUCCAAACUUACUCAUGACCACGCCACGUUGAGGAAGAGACGAGUGUAUACGUGUGUGUGUGUGUGUGUGUGUGUGUGUGUGUGUGUGUGUGUGUGUGUGUGUGUGUGUGUGUGUGUGUGUGUUUGUACCAUGAGAGGCCCGCCGGGGGUCCGUGUGGGCCUCGCCGUAAGUAGAUUUUAAGGCAACGUGAAAAACAGAGCUUCUUGAUUACUGUUUCCUGACCCCCCCCUCACGCCCACCCCCCCGAUGCCCCCCCACCCCCACAACCGCCCCAUGCAACCACGAAAGUCUCCCCGAUCUCCCCAUCACCCUCCUCCUCCUCCUCCUCCUACUACUACUCCUCCUCCUCCUUCCAUCGUAACUCUACCGUUAACGAUGUGUCGUGAAAUGUUCAUAUUUUUGUAAGUACUGUAACUCUGUGUGUGCGUGCGUGCCUGUGUGUAUGUGUGUGUGUGUGUGUGUGUGUGUGUGUGUGUGUGUUCCCAGAAUGGCUUUGUGUACUCCUAGGACUCCCGUAGAUCCCCUCCUGACGCUCAUUUACACCGAGGAAAGGGAACAUGACGACCCUCUUUAUCUGUAAGACUAUCAGCAAUUUUUGGAAGUAAAAACAAAACUAAUAUUAA